CUCCGGAUCUGCCGUUCUGCCCUGGCCCGGAAAACCCGGCGCCUUCCAGGCCCUUCGGAAGAUGGAUUCUGUUGACGUAUCUGGCGGCCCUGGCGAGCCGGGUGGAAAGUUGGGUUUUGCCAAAUCGAACUGGGCUCCUCUUUGUGACGCGCAGCCAGCCCCGCAUCUCCCUGGAGCCGGGCCAAGUGGCACCAGAGCCGAGUGAUGGAUGAUCUGCAGUCCCAGAAUCUCUCCAUGGACAUGACUGACUCCCCUCCUACCUUGGCCAAUAACAGACUGGAGAACGGCAUGGCCCAGCUGAUCACCACUGAGGCCUGGAACAUCAAUUCCACCGACCUGGUCAAAAAGGCCCUGGUGACCGUGCCAGCCCCAUCCAUCCUGAAUCCCCCUGCAGAGUCCCAGAGCGGCAUGGCUUUGAAAGUGGCAGCCACUGUGCUGCAGCCCCUGUGUCUCGGGGAGAGUCCAGUGGUGAUGCCCAUUCACAUGCAAGUGGAAGGGAGCUCUGCACCAGAGCUCAACCCCAAUGGUAAUACCACCUACGUCAUGACCACGCAGGGCCCUGUGCAGCUGCCCGUGGUGCUGGAGCAGCACGUUUUCCAGCACCUCAACUCUCCUCUGGUCCUGCCACAGGAAGCACCAUGCUCCUCCAAUGCCAUCCACAAUAACCUCUUCCAGGGGGCCGAGGACUCUGAGGCCCAGCCCCAGCUCCUGGACCUGCGGAUCCCCAGCCAGCCACAGGAGCCCACAUUGCCGUUUGAAGCUGUGCUCCAGAAUUUGUUUCCCUCCCAGGGCUCUCUUGGCCCCCCACCUUGUCAGCCUCCUCCUAGCUAUGCCCCGGUGCCACCACAGCCCUUCAACUCCCCCUUGUCUCCCCUGGUCCCGCCAGCCACCCUCUUGGUGCCCUACCCUGUGAUUGUUCCCUUGCCAGUGCCAGUCCCAAUUCCCAUCCCCAUCCCAGUGCCUCAAAGUUCUGAAUCCAAAUUCAGUCCCAGUUUCCCCAAGCCACCAUCUUCCUUCAGCCUGCACUCUUUUAAAGGCACACAGACCCCUCUGGAAAAGGAUGAACUAAAGCCCUUAGACAUCCUCCAACCGAAGGAGUACUUCCAGCUCAGCCGCCACACAGUCAUCAAGAUGGGGAGUGAGAACGAGGCUCUGGAUCUCUCCAUGAAGUCGGUCCCCUGGCUUAAGGCUGGUGAGGUCAGUCCACCAAUCUUCCAGGAGGAUGCAGCCCUAGACUUGUCACUGGCAGCCCACCGGAAGUCUGAGCCUCCUCCUGAGACACUAUAUGGCAACAGUGGGUCAGAGGGCAGCCCAGGUCAGACCGUGAUAGAGAAAGUUCCCAGUGGCACGGAAGUGCCCUUUACUCCUGCCACAUCCCGCGAGGCCUCAACCACGAUGGAUAGCCACAUGGGUGGCAGUAAUCCUGCUGAGAUGGUCAGCCAGGCCAGCCAGCCCAGCAGUGAGGUCAAGGCUGAGAAUAACACUGAGAUUGGGAGCGAGUCCCAGGCAGCUAAGGUCAUCGUUUCAGUUGAAGACGCUGUGCCUGCCAUCUUCUGUGGAAAGAUCAAAGGCCUCUCGGGAGUAUCUACCAAAAACUUCUCCUUCAAAAGAGAAGACUCUGUGCUUCAGGGCUAUGACAUCAACAACCAAGGAGAAGACUCCAUGGGAAACGUGGAGCCCCUUAGGAAACCCAUCAAAAGCCGGAGCAUAAAGUUAAAGAAAGUGAACUCGCAGGAAAUACAUAUGCUCCCGAUAAAAAAACAACGGCUGGCCACCUUUUUUCCAAGAAAGUAAAUAAUGGCUUUUUAAAAUUUUUAUGAUUAUAACAUGGGGAAAGGUGCAUUGGUUUUUUAAAAAGGCAUUUAAAACAAAUUAUCUUUGUUAAUUAUUUGGGGGUGUAGGUGGGAAAUGGAAAGGUGAAUCGGCUCUAGAGGCCCUGUAAGCUAGUAUCAUUUUCUUUUUUAAUUUUUGACUUUUCACAAAGGAAUAAAUAAGAGCAACCUAUUUUUCAAGCAGAUUGCACAUUUUUUGCAGCUUUAAUGGAAUAUUGGGUGAAUCAGAGGGGUAAAAAAGCUAUUUUCAUUGCCACAAAGUGCUUUGAUGAUGUAAUACCUAAUAAAGGGUAGGAUGACUAUUUCACAAUAAAUGUUUGUUUGCACUAA